AUGGCAUUCUCUUCGUUCUCAAUCUGUUGGGUGCUUCCCCUCUCCGCUCGCCUCCGCCUCGGCCGCGCAUACUUCAAGAGUCUUGUGCCCAAUGUCGUCCAGGUCAGCGCGCAUCGCAUCAUCAAAGGCCCUUGCUACCCAUGCGAGCUAGAGGCGCUCUUGUUCGUGCGGAAGCACACUACGAUACCCGUGCCCAGAGUCUUCCGCACGUAUCCCGCGUCUGACGGGCGAAUCUACAUUGAGAUGGAGUUUGUUAAGGGCGUUAGUCUGGCCGAGCUAUGGCUUAAGACGGGCCUGACAGACGACGCCAAGAAGGCUAUUAUAGCCGGCCUACACGACGCGGUUACUCAGCUCCGUAACCUCCCUCCACCAACACCGCAGGACAUUGUUGCAUCGACGUCCACAAAGGAGGGCUUGUCGGAUGGCCGUAUCGGACCAGAGACCUUCGGACCGUUUACAAGCCACGACGCAUUCCACACGUUUUUACGCGGCGGUAUUCCUAUCGAGUCCACACAAAAAACCUACGGGGAUACUGUGUUCCAAGUACACACAAGACGCUAUAAAACACACUUUACACACGCAGACCUCGUCCCACGCAAUAUUAUUAUCAGUAAUGAGCGUAUUGCCGCUAUUGUGGACUGGGGGUUUGCCGGCUGGUAUCCCGAGUACUGGGAAUACACCAAGAUCUUCUUUGAUGCUUUCGUACGUUUGGAUUGGUACACGGCCGUGAAGGAAGCCAUACCACAGUACGAUACAGAGCUGGCGGCAGAGCGGGCUCUGUGGCAGCAGUAUGACGAGCCUGGUGUUUUGCGUUGGUAA